UUUGUCCCAGGAUGCGACCCACACCAGUCGAUUAACACCCAGGUAACCAUUGUACACUGAUGGGUGAAUAGGGACAGCAGGGGUCUUACGGAAACACGUCCCUAUUGUUUUCCAACUGUACCGGAGGAGAUUCAAACUCCAGACCUCAUUGUGUGAGGUGCUGCCUUGAUGUUGGUGAUGGGCUCCUGAGGUAGAAGGUAUUAGGUAAAAAGACACACGUGCGACUGGUGUGACAUUUUAUAGCGGCAAUGUUUCGCUCUCCACGAGCUUAAACAAGCCAAUAUUGGCUUAACAAAACUCCUGGAGAUCGAGUAAAUAAAUCCUAGAAUGCAUGAAGAGGACAAUGCACCAUAAAGGAUGGUGUCUAGGUGUGGUACUCUUGAGGGCCAUUGCAAUAUUAGUAAUCUGGGGUCCUCUGGUUGGGAUUCUCAGAGGUGUGAAGGCUGUCGUUGCUUACAGUACCCAACUUGAUACAACAUAUGCGGAGGGGAACGAUCCCAAACCGUUAGAGACUUUCCCAGAAUUAUGGCAGAGAAUAUUCCUCUGGGGAUUUUUCUCUCUAUUAUUUAUCCAUAUUGUGUCAGCCAUCAUUGCAUUUUUGAUGCUCAGACGACAUAAAUAUGGAAGAUUUUCAGCUGCGUGUAUUAUACUCAUUGGAAUGUGCACUACAUUUACAAUGUGUGCGGCUACCAGCGCCGCUGUUGGGUUUGUGUUAUACCAAGCCAAGAUUUCUUUGCAACCAAUUCAUGCCAUGAUUUGCGGUAUAGCCCAGACAGCUCUAUACAUUCUUUUCUCAUUUUCACGAGUCAUGCCAACCCUAUAAGCUCCAUGACUUUGAAAAGACCAUUUCUUUGAAUUUGUAGUAAUUUUUGCUUGAUACUGGAUUAUAAAAGAAGUGAGGAAUGAUAUUACAUAAUUUUUGUUUGAUACUGGAUUAUAAAAGAAGUGUUAAAAGAAGUGAUUAUUGAUAUUACAUAAGAAAAAGAAGCUUUGAAAUAUUUAUAAUGAACUCAUAUGUAGGUACAACUGAUUUGGGUGACAAAAAGAUGUACAGUAUAAUUUUUUUUUUUUUCUGCAUUUACAGUAUGUGUGAUUAAAGGGCAAGAGUUACAUGUGUAUAUUUUAAGAGGCGAUGUUCUUUUCAUUCAUAAUUAUAUAAAAAUUUAACAGGAACUGAAACCCAAAUUGUAUCAUUCAGAGCGAGGAGUAGCAAAGGCUUGAUCCUCCAUCAGCUAGUCGUGGUCUGGUCUCUGACAGCCAAAACUUAAUUUCAAUCCAUUGUUAUUUUUAUUCUUAUUCUGUCGUAAAUAUUCUUGAAGUAACAAGAAGUGUUACUGCAGUAUAUAUACCUUCAUGGCCUUGUGAAAAUACCCAAAAGUGUGUCUUCUGUAAGUAGUUGCAGAUUAGAUUACAUUCCAGUUGAAUGCAUAGAAAUCCAUCCAUUAUUAAUCAGUCUUAGAAGGUAGAUUGCUCACCAAGAAAUAUACUUUUUCAAAAUAUUUUUUUGCUCUCAGUUUUCUCUACUACUUUAUUAGUUUUGGAAUGCUGUUUUUAAAUUUUGCCUGCAACUGAUUUUAGAUAAUUCACGAAUUUUUUAACGAGUGCUUAAUUUCUGUGUUGUUGACUCGGUUCAUUUAAAUAAAACAAUAACAUUUGAACUAUCAUUGUAAGAGAGGACUUUUUUUUAUGAUCACUCUGUUUACAUAUUAAUUUAUUUAUUUAUAAGCAAUAAUUUAAAAAAUUUUUGUUAACUUGUACCUGGAAGUAUAUUAUUUGUGUAAUUUGAGCCCUUCAGUAAUGAUAUUAUAGUAAGUUCCUACAUUUAUGGUCUGCAACUCCUGGAAUUAGGCUCAUGGUCUAGGAAGAAUGGCAAGGUUAUAAUUCUUAUGUAUCUUAGCUUCAUUGUGGCCUUUAUGUUGCAAUAUCAAAGUUAACCUUUGCUUUAUGCUAAGAGUACUAUUCCAUAGUGUGGAAGUGUGUCAAACACAUUAUCAAAGCUUAGUUUAAUUUUCCAUGCAAUGUUUGCCAUAUUAUUUAUAGCCAUUUUGAGUUUUAAUGUAAACUAAUUACACUUAAUUGAUACAUCUUUACAUGUCAGUGGUCAUUGUUAAGGUACCAUUAUGUUGCUUCUAACCUGAAAUUAUUCCCUCAAAGAAUUUCCAGCAAACAUUUAUAAACAAAAUCUUAGUUACUACUAUAAGUUUUCAUUAUUCAGUAAGAAUUUUUUCUACAUUUUUGCAGUUAUGGGGGUAGGUAUUGUUUGUCAAUGGUUUUUGUGGCUGUGCUGUAAGUAAAUGUGGGUACUAUGCCCUAAUAUCAGAGAAUGUGUAGUGUCUAUAUCUUUUCAGAGUUUUGGCUUAUGUUUCUUUAUACUGAUAAAAUUAAUAUUGACUAGAUUUUUGUGGAAGUUUUUGCCAUAAUGUGAUAUGUCAUAAAGCUUGAUAUCCCCCCUUUUUUUUAAACUUUCGACAACUAGAGAAUAAUGUAUUUUUUUAUAAUAAAGAUAGUUUUAUGAUUUAACUAUUUCAUUAUAAAGCAAAGUUGUACUCAGCAGGUCUGAGAAAUAUUUGCAUAUAAUACACUGUAUUUGAAAGGAAGAAAACAAUCGUCAUUGCUUUCUAGCUGCAUUUCCUGGAGGAAACAAACUGGGGCUCAAUACUGACCCGCUGUACUACGGAACUAAUAGAAUGAAUGAGAAAUUUAAUCGGUGAAGAAUCUUAUUAGGUAAGAAUGCAUGAGAGUAGACUGGUGUGUUGGAAAGCAUAGGCCUGGGAAAAAUACUGAAAAAAUGUCUACUGUUAAGCUGAUAAUGCAUUACAAAACCAUCCUGAGCUCCCUGUUAGCAUUAAAAUAAUCAAUACCAUCAAAUGUUGUACACUGAGGCAGAGUCAGAACAUUUACAGUGUUAACUUGAGUUUUUUAACCAUAAGUUAAAAAAAUUAUGUGAUUGAUUUUCAUGGUCAUUAUAGAAUAACAAAAUCAGUGAAUUAAUUGCUGCAGUAAAUUUUCUUGAAGUUACAAAUAAUAAUUGUAUUAGAAGCAGACAUACAAUAAUAUUCAGUUUAUGUUUUUGUUGAGAUUUUUUUAAUUGUUAACCCUUUGACUGUCGCAACCCCCAAUCCUGAGGUGUCUCCUGGUGUCGCAAAAUUUAAAAAAGAAAAAAAAAAAAAAUUUCUUAUGAAAUGAUAGAGAAUCUUUUCCCGAUUGUAAUGACACCAAAAAAACGAAAUUUGAUGGAAAACUGACGGAAUUAUGCUCUCGCGAAGUUAGCGACUUCGGCGCUGUUUACAAAUCGGCGAUUUCGCCCACUUUGAGCCCUAUUUUCGGCUAAUUCCAUUGUUCUAGUUGCCCAAACUCAUAGCUAUUUCUUUAGAACUCCAUUUUUUCUAUCGAUUGAGUACAAGAAACUGCCCAUUUUACCGAUUUCAACUA